GAUAUACAUGACAUGACAAAAGAUUGACACCCUUGGGUUUAGGGAGUCUCUUCCUCUGCUUCUAUUUCACCGAUUAUAUCGCUCCAUUUUGUUGAAUUUUAACUCUAGGGUUAGGGUUUUUAAUUCUUAUCGUAAUCCUAUAGAUAUAUACUGGUUUUGUGUAUAAACGUUUGUGCGGCUUACCCCGAACGCUAGCUCUACCCCAAUGGAGUCUUCUAUCGUGAUCAAGGUGAAUUAUGGAAAGACACUUAGACGAUUCAAUGCCUGUGUUGCUGAUGAUAAACAUGGCCUUAAUAUGGAUGGAUUGAGAGACAAGAUCUUUCAACUUUUCAACUUUGCUCCAAAUACUAAACUCACACUGACAUACAUUGAUGAGGACGGUGAUGUUGUAACGCUCGUUGAUGAUGAAGAUCUGCAGGAUAUCACGAGGCAGAACCUGAAUCCCCUGCGAAUAUGUGUGAGAUUGAACACUAAAAAGAUUAUCAGAUCUUCAGAUGCAUCUAGUGGAAAUUCUACCACCCUGAGAUCCCCAGUGGUCCAGCCUACAUUUCCGAACAUAAAUUCAAGUGUUUCUGAUCUUCUCAAAUCUUUGCCAGAAUCAAAAAGCGGAAAAAUCUUAAAGCACUCUGCAGACAUGGCGACUAAAGCUUCAUCAGCUGCCCGAGAAAUUGCUGAGCUUUCCAAAUCUCUCUCGGCGAUCGGCUUAUCCUACCUAAAGCAGGCUUCGGGAUCUCAGCCUGCCUCAGAAACUGGCUCACAGGGUCCAGCAUCUGGAAUCAAUACGGGUGUGACAGUGACAAAAGACUUAAUUGGCUGUGUUGUAGAUGAAACAACCUCACAAGCAUUUACUAGUGUUAAAAGUGGAGAGCCGUCCCUCAAAAAGGAAGAGCCAUCCCCUGCAGAGAAUGCUGAGGAGGCAAUCUUUAAAUUUGCAAGCCAACCCAAAAAUCAUACUGAAUCUACAGAUGCCUCAAAACUGAGAUCUUCCCAACCAUAUCGGAGUGAAACUCAAUGUGAAUCGUUAUCCAAAAAUCCUAAGCCUAACACAUGUCUGGUUGAUGGUAAGAAGGAACAAAGUAAGAAAUUUGGUGAUUCCCAUCUUGUCGGAAAGGCCCUUGGUAGUUCGUAUUCUAGUUCCUCACCCACAAGCCUAGAAAAGGCAGCUGAUAAACAGCCAGGUGGCUCUGCAAGUUCCAAUUUUGCAAAAAUACUCUGGGACUCUUGUAGUUUGGGUUGCAAUGGUAGUUCAUCCGAGAUUCUUUCUAAUGGUUUUAGAUCUCCAAGUUCAUAUCUCAUGACUGGGGUGCCUGUGGCAAAAGACACUGUGCUGCCUCAAUACUCUCCUUUUGAGAUACCAUUUAAAAAGAGCCAUAAUCACAGUGAUGGGGCAGCAACAAUUUUUCAUAGAGGUGUUCGUUGUGAUGGUUGUGGGGUUCAUCCUAUAACUGGCCCUAGGUUCAAAUCUAAAGUAAAGGAGGACUAUGAUCUCUGCAGCAUAUGCUUUGCACAAAUGGGAAAUGAUGCUGAUUACAUCAGAAUGGAUCAUCCUGUUACUUACCAGCAUCCCUUAGCUUUCAAGGGUUUAUAUGAUCCUAAUGGGUGGAUGCGCUCCCCUACCGUUCCACAAGUAUCUCAAGGCUGUGGGUUGAAAUCAGGUCGACCUAAGCUGGACAGCUGCUUCAUAGAGGAUGUCAGUGUACUUGAUGGCAGUAUCAUGGCUCCUUCGGCUCCAUUUAUCAAGAUCUGGAGAAUGAGGAACAAUGGUAAUAUUGUCUGGCCAAAAGGAACAAAACUUGUUUGGAUUGGGGGAGAUAGAUUAUGUGAUGCAUGCUCUGUUGAGUUACAGAUUACUUCGGAUGGCUUGGCGGUUAACCAGGAGCUCGAUGUGGCAGUUGUUUUUACUGCUUCUGAGCUUCCUGGUAAGUACAUCUCCUACUGGAGGAUGGCCUCACCUUCAGGGCAAUUCUUUGGUCAGCGUGUAUGGGUGCUUAUCCAGGUUGAUCCCUCAGUGAACCUUCGAAAAAAGGAGUUUGAUGAAUCCUCUCAGUACUUGAACUUGAAUUUCCCUCCAGCCAGCAGUGGCGUAGAUGGACCUGAACUCUCAAACCCAACCAUGGAGUUGGUUGAGCCAGUGGUUGCUGGAAACCCAAAUAAGGAGCAGGAGGAAUCCAAGCCAAGCAUUAAUGAUAGCUUGUUAACUGUUGUUGGUGACAAGUCGAGCGUCUCUCCUUCAGCACCUGGUUCAUCAAUUUCAUAUCCCAUUGAUUUAUCUGAGGCAGCACCAGCUGUUACUUCUGCUACACCACCCUCUGUUACUGAGAUGCAGGCAUCUUCACAGGAUGUUAGAGGAAACAGUGACGUUGAGGCGACCCUCCUCAAGGAACUGGAGGAGAUGGGUUUCAAACAGGUAGACUUAAACAAAGAAAUCUUGAGGAUGAACGAGUAUGACUUGGAACAUGCAGUUGAUGAUCUUUGCGGUGUUGCCGACUGGGAUCCUAUCCUUGACGAGCUGGAGGAGAUGGGUUUCCACAACAAAGAGAUGAACAGGAAGCUACUUAAGAAGAAUAAUGGAAGCAUCAAGCGUGUUGUGAUGGAUCUUAUUGCUGGAGAAAAUUAGGAGCAAGUCGGUACUACAUGUUCAAUAUGUGAUGCUUACAAUGGACUUCUAUAAAUAAAUUGGAAGUGGGGUGUUCAUCAGUCGGUUUGGUACAACUUUGAAAGAUUUUGGUUUGGUAUUUUCGAUUUUCAGUUUUAAAAAUGUUAUACCAAUACAUUUGAUUCUCACUUUUAGGUUUCGAUUUGUGCAGUCCCGUAACUUCGGUAUUACUCUUUGAGGUUAUAUUCUAUCAACCGGACUGUUAGUCCUGAAUCAUGAAGCUAUAUUUCUCA